AUGUCACAAUUACACUGUUCACAAGAACAUCAUCAUUUACCAGUUGGUCGUUUUCCACGACAACUUUUUGACUUUGAAAAUUUUCUCGGUCCAUCACUUGAUUUAUUUGAUCCAUUUGAUGAAAUCGAUUUAGCUUCGCAUCGAAUGCAAAGUGCUCUUCAAUGGUUACAAGAUCCACCACGUCUUCAACAACAACUCUGUCCAGUUACGGGUCAUAAAAAACGACCUCAUACUGAUAAAUUUCGUGUUACAUUAGAUGUACAUGGUUAUAAACCAGAAGAUUUAAGUGUUAAAGUUGUUGGUCGUAAAUUAUUUAUUGAUGGAAAACAAGAAUUUCGUGAUGGUGAUGAUUUUUCGGUUAAAGAAAUGCGUAAAACGUAUGAUUUACCUGAAAAUGCUAGUUUUGAACAUAUGACAUCGUUUCUUACUGCAAAAGGUACAUUGGUCGUUGAAUUUCCAUUAAUUACACAGGCUACAGAACGAGAUGAUCAUCAUCAUCAAUUACAACAAUCUGGUGCUAAUUUAAAAGAAUUUAAUUUUGAUGAAUUUUUUAAGAGUGCAUUUGAACCUAAAAUUAUUGAUGAUACAGAAAAAGGAGGCAAGAAAAUUGAUUUAUCAUUAGAUAUGACUGGUUUUCGACCAGAUCAAAUUCAAAUUCAUCUUAAAGAUCGUGAUUUAAUUGUUCAAGCUGAAUCAAGUGCAUCGGAUAAACAUCAUACAGCUCGUUCAUAUAUUUAUAAGGCUGUUACACUACCACCCAAUAUUGAUGUUGAACAUAUGCGCUCAUUUCUUCAUGAUGGUAAACGACUUAUUAUUACCGCUCCGUAUCGUGACAAUACUGCUGCUGUUAGUAAUGGAAAAGCUGGUGCACUUGAUUGUGGUGAUCAUAGCAAUAGUUCAUUGAAAAAUGUUGAUUCUAAAGAUGAUCCCAAAUUACCUACAUCGACAUCACCAACAAGUUCAACAUGUUCAGUUGCUGGUUCGGUUAAUUCAACACUUGAAAAUACACAUUAA